GCGACUCUGCGGAAAUUUGAUAUGCCGUUAUAACACGUACUAAUAGAGGUUAACUACUAAAACUGAGAUGGCUGACGUCAGAGAGCAGCUACUUUCCACUGAGCAGAAGUAUAAACUUUUCAAACAACAGCAGUUUAUAUUUAUAACGGCUCUUGAGCGCUCGAGGGAGCAAGCCAGGGACAAAACUGAGCCUGUCUCCAUCGUGACACAGGUCCAAAGGUACAUGAAUCACCACUGCAGCAAUUCCACAGACAGACGCAUCUUCUUGCUCUUUUUGGAAAUUAUUUCUGAUCUUGAAGGUGUUUUAAAACAUUUGGAGUCUUCACUGUCAAGCAAAAACACUUCUAGUGAGGGCCUGAACACUUGCAGGGAGAUCCUGAGCCCCAACAGCAACAUCAGUCAGCUAAGAGCACACUAUCCACACAAUGAGAUCAACCGGCUAAGCUGUGAUGAAGCAAGAAAUUUCUAUGGUGGGAUUGUGAGUGUGAUUCCACUGGCUCUAGACCUCCUCAACACCUACAGCAGAGGAGGUGCUCAACGUGUCACUCCAAUAGCUACAGAAACAUCUCAACAAACGGUUGCAAAAAAUGCAGAGAUGGUUGAAGGCCUUGAUAAAGACACCAGUAACAAACUGAGUAGAUAUAAAAAAGGUGCAGGUGGCUGGCAUGCUGGAAAACCAGCCUGGAAGCCACCAGGAAAUACAAGGAGAUAA